GCCGAAUACAAAGUUCAUAAGUGUGUCGUCUUUGAACACUCGGAAGUUAUUAAGAACAAAUGCAUGAAUCCAGCUUGGAAUGUGAGCUCGAGAGUCAUUGCGCUUUAUAAAGUGCAUAUUGACAAAGUAUAUGAAGGAACCCGACACAUUUCGCUUCGACUGCAUUCCAGAUGACGAUGACGACGGUGUUGAACUUGAAGUGGGUCUGGAGUUUGAUGAGCCACAUUCCGUGAAGCUCAUGAUCGACUACAUGUACAUGUCUGACUACAGCAUCGACAAUUCAUUUAUUCCGACUGGGCGUGAUCCGAUGUCAACCAAGCAUCGCUACCUCCCCUCCGUCUCGCAAUCUCCAGUAUCGACAGAACAGAAGCAGAAAGUCACACAUAGCAAAUCGCCUAUACCUCCAUCUGUCUGGAUAACGUCGUAUUCUUCGACCGAGGAAGUCGAAUAUGUGAAGUCCUUUCUCGACAACAGGCAAGGUCCCUUGACUACCCACGUGAGAGUCCACUCACUAGCAUGCAAGUAUUUCAUCACUCCUCUCAAAUACGCGACCGUUCAGAAAUUCAAAGAGCUUGUCAAAAGAGGUUAUCUUCAUCCCGAGGACUUCGCCUCUGCUAUCACGCCCGCAUACAACACAGCACCAGGAAAGAGAGACGGACGCAUGGGAGACUGUGUUCAAAUGCAUGAGCUUUCAUAUUGUGGAUAUUCUCUCAGAAGCUAGCACGCGCGAUGCUGUCGGCCGUAUCGAAGGAUUGAGCAUGCAGCUCUUCGUCAAAGACAAGCUGGGAUUGUACUACCAGGAGUUGACAGGCCCGGAAUUUUGGACAGACGACGAACCUGUCCUGGAAGAAUGUGAAGAUGACAACACUAUUGUAGAAGAAAUUGAGCCUGGAACAACGGUGUGAAACCCAGGAGGACUGUGGUGACUAAACGACGGGAUGAAUGAAAAGGGACGAGACAUGUGAAUUCCUUUCUAUAGACGCAAAGCUUAUAUGAAC